GGUGAGGGCUCCGGUGCUGACUGUAGACGCCAUGUCCAAAAAUUAAAUCUGCUGCAGGGACAGAUUUCAGAGAUGGCAUUCAGACACAGGAACAUGAUAAAAUUACAGAACACAGAAGACAAAGGGAAGAGCUAAAAAGUAGCUGGAGAGAAGAGAGAUUGCCUACAAAGUAACAGCAGAGGCCCAACUUCUCGGUGGUAACUUUAAAGCGAGAAGACAGACUGUUAUCUUCAGACUUCAGCUGAGAACUGUCCUUUGUUGGAGUUGAGUCCCUGAAUCAGAAAGGUGAGCAGAGGUCUGGCCGGUAGCUGGUAGGACACGGCUCAAGUGAACGCCAGAGUAUCAGCCCCGUGGCUGGGUAGGUGUUGCACGUGCAUGCUCCCGUUGCCUCUUUAUAAUCGCUCUGUGAAGAUCGUGGAUGUCUGCGUACCAGUGGAGAAACUGAAGACCAGAGGCCCACACUCAGCCGCUCACCGGAGAGAGGCCCUGUCUGAUGGUGCAAUGUAACCACCCGGUCCAACUUGAGGGGGGGUGGUGCGUGGCUUUGCUCUAGCCUCCGGCGCUGGCACAGUAAGUGUUCUCCUGGCCAGUCAUGCCCCUCAGAGGCCAUGGAGGCCCUGGCCCCCCCCACUCUCUAUGUGUCGAGAGGACCCUGCUGCCCCUGGGAGGCUGGCAGAAGUCACUGUGACACACACACAAUGUCUGUCCUCAUUCGUAAGGGUAGAACUCUGAAGACAUACUUUUAGAACUGUGCAGCGGACACCUCCUCGCCUUUGCUGACAGGAGGGACUCUACUAUAAGGCUUCCGCUGACAUUACUCUGUAUCCCAGACCCCCAGCAAGGCACCGGCACACGUCAUCUCUUUCAUCUUCAGUCACCCAUGCUGCCAUCUUGUGUUUGUGGAGAGGGAACUGGAGUACCCUGACGAACCCAAAGUCACACUGUCACAGUGACAGCCAGUCGCUGGCAAAGCCAGGAUGCAAACAUGGGUCUGUCUAGGUGACGAGUUCACCCUUUCUGCCCGUGUCACCUUUUUUGUUGAUGGACGGCUUGACCAGCCUAAAUCUGAACAACAAAUGGUCCCUCCUGGCAGGCCCUUCUAAACUGUUUGAGUAUCACCAGAUUACAUCAAAACAACAGACAUAAGAUCCUAAGAUCCCUAGAGCAGUCCUUGAUAUCCAUUGUCAAGUAUGCACAUCCUGGCAUCCCUAUCUCCUUGCCCUUCGUCUACCGGGUCAUUUCACUAAGGACACAUGUAUAAUUUUUCACUGAGGUCUCUGGAAGAACCUGGAAAUGUUGAUGAAGAGGAAAAUGCAGGGCCCAGGCAGGCUGAGCGUGAGAGUGUGCAGGAAAAACCCCAGUCCUCAGAGAACCGCUGGCUGAAGUAUCUGGAAAAAGACUCAAAAGGGCUGGGGGUGGAAGGAGGCAUGUGUUUCGAGAGCCCACCCUCGUCCAGGACAGAGAAGCCAGAGCCUUCCUUCAAUACAGGCCUGCCUAAAAAAAGGAAAUGGAGCCAGAGCACAGUCCAGCCUCCACCCAGCCCUGAUGUCCAGAGCCUGGAUGAUUCUGAGGUUACCUUGGAGCCCCAGAAGGACGAAGCUGGCCUGGCCGGGAAGGUUAAAGAAGGUGGCAGUCACAAGGACUGGGGAACUGGGGAGCUUUCUGUUCCUCGGGUGGGUCCUCCACAUCUGGCCCCACAGGUCAGAGUUACAUCUUCCAAGUGGGAACGAUUCCUUCUGCCACCUGGAAAUGGCCCACGUGCAGACAUGGAGCCCUCACUGGCCCUACAGAGAGACCCCAAGCAUGCUGAGGCAGCACUGGCUGAGCAGGGGAACCUAUGGGUCCAGACCCCAAGGGAAGGACACCCCAGCAGGCCACUCGGUACACCCAAACUUCCCUGGCCUGCACAUACUUUCAUGUCGGGGUCUCAGAGGCCCUGUGUAAAGCCCUCCAGACAACCACAGGACACUGGUCCUCUGGCAAAGGGCAGUCCCUUGGUCACAGGGGUACAGGAGCCCCCACUUGUGCGACUAUGUGACCUUUUUAAAACUGGUGAGGACUUUGAGGAUGAUCUGUGAAGUAACUUAAACAAGGUUACCCACCCGGACACAUGUUACAUGAGCCCUUAUCCCCUGGACCUCGUGCCCACUGUCCAAAAAAAAAAAAAAUUUAGCUUCUAAAUAGGAUGGGGGGGCGGCAGUACCUGGGAGGCUCAG